CUUAUAAGAAAAGGCAAAAGAUUGUUGAUUCGGUGUUUCGGCUUGUUAUAACGGAAAAUAAUGUUAAUCAUGUGGUUGAUCUUGUUGUAGACUCUAUUAAGAGGCAACAGCCUGAUUCGAAGGAUCCGCAAACUAUUGUUGAUUCGGUAGUUCGGCUUGCUGCAACGCAAGAAAAUGCUAAUCAUGUAGCUGGGCUUAUUGCACAAGCCAGUUUGAUUGGGGGCCUGAGGACGUUUUUUAAAAGUAUCUUGCGAAAUACUAUUGAAUUUUCUGAAUCGGGGAGAAGCUACACAAAUGAAAUUAUUGAAGAAGGACAAUAUCCACCUAUUACUUAUCUUAAAUAUCCAAAAGAUAAUGCAUUUCGAAUCCCAAACAACCAUGGACUUAAAACUGUUGUUUGUUGUCAUAAAAGUGUGAAAGUUAAAGACACUGAUGAUAUUCUUGGAACUCUUGAUUUUAUGAAUCAAUAUUCUGAAACUAAUGAAACGUAA